GAAGAAAAUUUGAGUUGUGGGCUUUCUGUAACUGCAAGUGACAGGCCAACUAAACCUUUUUGGUUUGCGUUGAGGGUUUGAGUAAUGUUGUGAUAACUGUGGCCUGUUGUACUGCCUUAGAUACAUUGAUCAUGGCUCGAAAUGGCUGGCAAUGUCGAAAGCACUGGCUUUGGAGCGGUUUCCUAUUGCUACUGAAUCUGAUGAUACAUGUGGAGUACUUGGUGUCUGCCCAGGAGUGUGUCUGGUAUGGAGAAUGCCAGUUAGUAAAUGGAACAGAAAAACAUUACAACUGUAACUACACAGGGCCUCCAAAACCACUUCCACAUGAUGGGUAUGACUUAAUGCAGGAAUUGUGUCCGGGUUACAUGUAUGAUAAUGUUAGUGUCUGCUGUGAUGUCCAGCAACUCAAGACUCUCAAAUCCAGCCUUCAGUUACCUCUCCAAUUUCUUUCCAGGUGCCCUUCUUGCUUUUAUAAUUUGAUGAACCUUUUCUGUGAGUUGACUUGCAGUCCACACCAGAGUCAGUUUAUGAAUGCUACAAAGUUCAAUCCACCAUAUAUUGAUCCUGAAACAAACGAGACCAAAACCAGCAUCACAGAAGCCGCUUACUACAUUGGACAACAUUUUGCAGAUGCAAUGUAUAAUGCCUGCAAAGAUGUUGAAGCACCAUCAAGUAAUGAGAAAGCAUUGGACAUUUUGUGUGGAAAAGAUGCCAAAGAGUGCAAUGCCACAAACUGGAUUCAGUACAUGUUCAACACUGCGAAUACACAGACUCCUUUCAACAUCAUAUCUAUCUUUUCUGAUUAUCCUCAGAGUGGGAAAAUCCCAAUGAACAAUGCAACUAAAGGCUGCAACGAGUCAGUAGAUGAUAGUUCUGGGCCCUGCAGCUGUCAAGACUGUUCUUUAGUAUGCGGGCCAAAACCAGAACCCCCACCACCUCCAAAACCCUGGGUUAUAUUCGGCCUGGAUGCAAUGGCUGUCAUCAUGUGGCUAUCCUAUAUGGGGUUUUUGAUUGUGUUCCUUGGAGCAUUUCUUGGAAUAUGGUGUUGCAGAAAGAAGAAACUUGUAUCAGAGUACGCACCCAUUAAUAGCAACCUGGCAUAUACUUUUGACUCAACUGUUGAAGGUAAACCUUCAAGUUGUGAAUCCUUUGGGGAGCAUUUUGAAAAUAUUUUACGCAUAUUAUUUACAAAGUGGGGAUCCGUCUGUGUUCGGUAUCCAUAUGUGAUUAUUUUUUUUACCAUACUCUUCAUUGCUGUCUGUUGUUCUGGUCUGACAUUCAUGAAAGUAACCACUGACCCAGUACAGCUCUGGUCGGCCCCCACCAGCCAAGCACGCAAGGAGAAGGAAUACUUUGACUCUCACUUUGGACCUUUCUUCCGUACAGAACAGUUGAUCAUCACAGCCCCAAACAGCAAUUGGACCACAUAUAUUCCAUACAACCCUGGUCCUCCUGUACCAUUUGGUCCACCAUUGAGCAAAGACAUCUUAGACCAGGUACUGGAUCUUCAGGAUGCAAUUGAACAGAUUCAAGCCCACUACAACAAUGAAACUGUAACGUUAAAGGAUAUCUGUUUGGCACCUCUGGCACCUUACAAUAACAAUUGUACAAUCCUAAGUGUGCUUAACUACUUCCAAAACAGUCAUUCAGUUCUGAACCAUACUGUACAGGAUGAUUUUUGGGUCUAUGCUGAUUACCACUCACAUUUUCUGUACUGUGUUAGGGCACCAGCUUCUUUGAAUGACACAACCAAGCUGCAUGAUCCGUGUUUGGGUACAUUUGGUGGACCUGUUUUUCCAUGGCUGGUACUAGGAGGUUAUGAUGCUGACAACUACAAUAACGCUACUGCUCUGGUUAUAACAUAUCCGGUUAACAAUUACUACAAUGAUACCAAGAAACUGAACAGAGUUCUGGCAUGGGAAAAAGAAUUUAUAGAGUUUGUGAAGUCUUAUAACAACACAAAUCUGUCUAUCUCCUUUUCGGCUGAACGAAGUAUAGAAGAUGAGAUAAACCGUGAGAGUAAUGGUGACAUUAAAACCGUUGUGAUUAGUUAUGCUGUUAUGUUUGUCUACAUCACAUUGGCUCUGGGACACAUACAGAGCUGCAGCAGGAUUUUGGUGGACUCCAAGGUGUCUCUGGGCAUUGCUGGCAUCUUGAUUGUGCUUUGCUCUGUUGCCUGUUCCCUGGGCAUCUUCAGUUAUGCUGGAAUUUCCCUGACUCUUAUUGUUAUAGAAGUAAUUCCUUUCUUGGUGUUGGCUGUUGGAGUAGACAACAUCUUCAUCAUUGUCCAGUCAUAUCAGCGAGAUGAACGGCGUCAAGGAGAAGAGCCUCACCAGCAGGUUGGUCGAAUCCUUGGAGAUGUGGCCCCUAGUAUAUUACUGUCUGCAUUCUCAGAGACAGUAGCAUUUUUCUUAGGUGCAUUAUCCCCAAUGCCUGCAGUUCGCACAUUUUCCAUUUUUGCUGGAAUGGCGGUGUUCAUUGACUUUCUCUUUCAAGUAACCUGCUUCAUUAGUCUGCUAGGAUUGGAUCUUAAACGCCAAGAGAGUAAUCGUAUUGAUAUACUAUGUUGUAUAAAGCAGUCAACAGAAGAACAGAAAAAUACAGAUGGAUGCCUGUUCAAGUUUUUCAAAUACAUCUAUGCCCCCUUUGUCUUGAAGAACUGGGUGCGCCCAAUUGUUAUAUCUGUAUUUGUUGGAAUAUUGUCCUUCAGUAUCGCUGUACUUAACAAAGUGGAGAUUGGCUUGGAUCAGAAGCUCUCGAUGCCAGAUGACUCCUAUGUAGUUGAUUACUUUGAGGCUUUAGGUAAAUAUCUGCAUACUGGUCCACCAGUAUAUUUUGUGGUUGAAGAAGGACUGGAUUAUACUACUCUGGAAGGUCAAAAUAUGAUAUGUGGAGGAGUUGGUUGCAACAAUAACUCAGUUGUACAGCAAAUCUACACAGCAGCCCUGAUACCAAACUACACGAGAAUUGGUUAUUCACCAUCAUCCUGGAUUGACGAUUAUUUUGAUUGGGUCAAACCACAGUCAACCUGCUGUAGAGUUUACAACACCACUGGGCAGUUUUGCAAUGCUUCGGUUGUAGAUCCCAGAUGCGAACGCUGUCGACCGCUCAGUCCAGAAGGAAAGAAGAGACCACUUGGUCAUGAAUUUAUGAAAUUUCUACCAAUGUUCCUUUCUGAUAACCCAAAUCCCAAGUGUGGAAAAGGAGGGCAUGCAGCUUACAGCUCUGCAGUCAACUUGGUUUCCAAUGAUACUUCUGUAGGGGCCACUUAUUUCAUGACAUACCAUACAAUACUGCAGACCUCCACUGACUACAUCACUGCUAUGCGGAAUGCCAGGAAUUUAGCAGCCAACAUCACUAAAUCACUGCGAGUAGUAGAAAACGGAUAUCGUGUGUUUCCAUACAGUGUAUUUUAUGUGUUUUACGAACAGUAUCUGACCAUCAUACAUGACACAAUCUUUCAUUUGGGCCUGUCCUUGGUGGCGAUAUUUGUGGUGACUGCAGUACUACUUGGCUUUGAAUUCUGGUCUGCUGUAAUGGUCUGCAUUACUAUUGCAAUGAUUGUUGUCAAUAUGUUUGGAGUCAUGUGGCUGUGGAGUGUCAGCUUGAAUGCUGUCUCACUAGUCAACCUUGUCAUGUGUUGCGGUAUUUCUGUGGAGUUCUGCAGUCAUGUGGUCAGAGCUUUUUCUGUAAGCACCAAACCAACAAAAGCAGAACGAGCUGAAGAGGCCCUCGCUCAUAUGGGAAGCUCUGUAUUCAGUGGAAUUACGCUAACCAAAUUUGGUGGCAUUAUAGUGCUGGCCUUCUCCAAGUCGCAGAUUUUUCAGAUCUUCUACUUCCGAAUGUAUGUGGGCAUUGUAGUUCUUGGAGCCAUUCAUGGCCUAGUAUUUCUUCCUGUACUGUUAAGCUACCUAGGUCCAUCAGUCAAUAAAGCUAAAGCUCUUUCAGCCAUGGAGCGGCACACAGGAAGUGACCGAGAAGGACUUUUACAUUUUUAAAUACCACACACUGGAGUAAUUUACCUGACUUUGAAGCAUUUUCAUAAUACCACUUUCGUGGUGUGAGACGAACAUCUUCCAGAAUCGCUAUGCACCUUUCAAACUCAGGAAAUACUACAUUAAGGAUUCCUCAGUGUAGCAGCAGUAUUGUGAUUGGAUUUAACAAUCAAAGAGCUUUUUAUCUGCGCAUGUAAAAUGGGUGCCUUACACUUCAACUGCUCUAUAACAGAAAGUGGGCUUCCUGAAGAAGUACAAGAGCAGUGCCCUGUGUCAUCAGCUUUCAAGGACUACAGAAUAAAAGCAGUGUUUGCUGAUCAUGUUUACUUUUAUAGGGAACAAUACCAACAGAUUUUGAAACCAUGGCCAGUUUUUUAUUAGUAUGCCAGGACUGUAUGUAAACAACCUUUUUUCUGUCACAAUAAAUUAACUUUGUACAUUA